AUGGAGCUCUCAGCGGGUUUCGCUACCGACAUAGAUAUGCUGAAAACGCUCUUAGAGUAUUGGGAGGGUCGUUUAGCAGACAUAUCUCUUACGCUUCUCUCUGCCUUCCCCGCGCUCGAAGUCCAAUCCCGUCCCGUCCUAGCUUUACGAUCGGAAUUCGACGUCAUGCUCGCACUUUAUGGCCACCUUCGCCUAGAUGGCCAUAUGCCGCUUCCCCCUGCGCACGCCUUCACCUCCCAGUUAAUGCGUGCUCUGGAUGAUCCCACCGGCACACUCCUCCGGGAUAUGAGGAACUUUCGCCCUCUUCCGCCUCGGACGGGCAGUGAAUCACGCCUGGCUGCCAGCAUUUUCCCCAAGUGGUAUACGAACCCAGAGAUAAUGUCUCCGGACUGGAAACCGUUUCUCCUAGGCCGACAUAUCUGCGAUUUCUACGUCAGUAUGAUGACUUCCAGCCCUAAGACGCCUUUGUUGAUCCCACCCUUGACGGACGCACCCGGUCCGUCCGCGCAAGACGCGCGCGCCGGUCGCGCGAGAACUGCGGCAGAGUUUCGGGGGAAGAUGGAAAACAUUUCUGAAGACCUCGUGAAAAUCGAGAAAGAGGUUUCUACUAUCCUGCUCGAGGCGCAAAGUCUUUGGGAAGAGGACUUCCGGUUGCAUCGAGAGACCCACGAUCAAUGGGAAGCAAUCGGGUCACCCUAA